AUGCAAGCCGAUGUCAAUUCCUCGGAUCAAUACGAUUUCCCUGAAUUGCCAUCGCAAAAUGCGUUUCGCGUGCUCUAUCUCGAGAAGUCACCCGGGGACGGGCCGCUGAGAUACACUUUGCAUGAUCGAGAUUAUGAGCAGAUGAAGAAUCACUUCGUUGCAGUCUCUUACGUCUGUGGUGAUACGACGGAUCUCAUUCCCAGUAUAUGCAAUGGCAAGCUGCACCACAUCUACCACAAUUUGGACAGUGCUCUGAGGCGAGUCAGAAAGCACUACACCGACUAUCCUCAGCCGUACGCGAUUUGGGCUGAUGGAAUCUGCAUAAAUCAACGCAACGUAGCAGAAAAGAUGGACCAGAUCGCCAAAAUGUGGCGAGUGUUUCGAAAUUGUGCACAGGUCGUCGUGUGCCUUGGUCCAAGCUGUGACAAUGCUGAUCUGGCCCUUGGGCUUUUCUGUAAGUCGGCACAAGAGUUUGAAGAUCUCCACACAAGGUCCAAAGGCCCUCCCAGUCAGCCUCAUGGUCAAGAUCUUCAGAUGACAGUGGGCGAAAACGAGAUACGAGCCGCAUUCCAAUUUUUUAGUUGUGCUUGGUUCUCCCGGACCUGGGUUGUUCAAGAAGUCAACCUCUGGACGGACGUUCGCACUUCACCGAUCGUUCUGUGGGGAGACUAUUGCAUCAACUGGGGACUUCUUGUCAGAGCCCACUACAUGAUGACCACACGACAGCUGUAUGCGGAAAACCAGAAAAUCAAGGCUGGAACCCUUAUACGAACAUCGGCUCCUGUUCAGGGUGCCGAAAAGCCACAAGCAGGUCCACGAUCGGAAGGUAAACGCGAGCUCCUUGUCAGUCACUAUGAGCCAUACGAGAAGCUUUAUGAGCGCAUAGCACGCAUCAUAAUCGACGAGGCGAGUUCUAUACUCCUUUUGACACACGCCGGGAUCUCGAGGCCUAGGUCGACAGCUUUGCCCUCUUGGGUACCGGAUUGGUCUCACUUUCCCAUCUGGGAGCCUCUGGAGCCCAAGACAGAGGCUGCUGCUCAGCCGACAAGUGCCAAACUGGAGGAGCUCAAUGAAGAUGGUCUGCUACAAGUCGACUGCUUCUUCCUUGACUCAGUCUGCAUGUACGCAGCAUGUUGUAUUGGAGAAUUUGGUGAAGGCCAGCAGCGUCAAGAUAGCGGCGUGGACACAAUUCAAGAUCGUAGCGAGUACAUAACAGCCGUGUUGCAGUGCUUCGGUCAUUGUUUCAGAGGCUACCCGACCGGAGAGCACCCUUUGGAGGUCUUCGCUCGGACCCUAGUUGGGAAUAGUCCGGAUGUGGACAGAAUCGAUACGAGCACCGAUGGUCUUCGAUUCAGCUUAGCAGCAGCGACUAUGACAUGUCGAGACCGAGAGGCUCGAUGCCUGUGCCCGAAAGAGUACCGCCCCAACCGAGGACCAGGUUUUGAUGAUGAAACUGCUUCUCAUCAUUUCGACGAGAACAUACCAUCCUCUACUCAUGGGGCAGGCCCGCUGGAUCUCCACCCCAAAAUAUUGGCUCUGCCGGCGUGGUAUCGCCCUCCACGAUCUGAAAAAGGUCCGGAAGAUUUUGCGGAAAACGUGGAAUCGAACAGGCGGUACAUGGACAAAGCAUUUGACGGCGAUCUUUAUCGGGAGAUCGUGCAACGCCACGGACAGUGUCGUCGCUUCUUCGCCUCGGGUCGUCGCUAUAUGGGCAUGGGACCUGCUGGACUUCGUCGUGGAGAUCUGGUCGUUCUCCUGAAGGGCUGCAACUUACCGUUUGUACUUCGAGUUGACAAAGGCGCUGCCAGGAACAAAUGCAUUUGUCACCCGAGAGUCUUCAAGCUUAUUGGAGAAGCAUACGUCCAUGGACUUUCGGCGAAUGAACCUCUCAAUAACUGGCAAGAUUUCACCAACGGUGAGAGUUCGACAAGUAGGCUCCCAGAAUGUGCAGAAGCGAAGAGCACAGAGUCAGAGAGCGAUGGGCCCUGGGUCAAAGUCUACCUCAGCUAACUUAGCUAAGGUCAUGCUUGCAAUCCGACAAGCCGCCUGUCCAGAGGUUGCAUGCUAGUAAGUCUCUUCUCCGUGACGACAGCACCCGACCAAUCAUGGCAUCAUCAAGUCGGUGAGCCCGUUGAAGUUUCAGAACAUGCUAGCACUCCACAUGAAUACGUGUCCCUGAGCAAGAAUCAAUGGCUUGAAAGGAUCGGUACGGGUUCGCAAAUCCACUGUAUCAGCGAGCACGAUUGCCUGCGCCAGUCCGAACGCAACGCCAAUCGAUCUGAGUUUCCGCCUCAUCCAGCCACGAUGUACGUCGGGCACA